AUGGAAUACGACACGUCGACCAUGAAUGGAGCGCCCAUCACGGACAACGUCAAGCAUGAAAAGAACACGACCACCCCCAAUCGAGGUCACUUGAGGAUCCAAUGCGAGCCGACGGACGUCUCCAUCCUCCAGGAGCCCGUCACCUUUGCCUUCUCAGGUCGGACCGCGAAGAACCGAUUUCUCAAGGCUCCCAUGACCGAAAGACUGUGCCAUUGGAACAAGGAAGGCGAGGAUACUUCAGCCCGAGGCGUGCCCAGUCCCGAGUACCUCAACCUGUACCGACGAUGGGGCGAGGCCGAGAUCGGCAUCAUCGUCAGCGGCAAUAUCAUGGUCCGGUAUGACGCGGUCGAGGCGUACGGCAACCCGAUCCUCGUGGACGACCACGACGGCCGCGUCGCCAAGUUCAAGGAAGUCAGCGAGGCUGCAAAGGCUCACGGCUCGCUUUUCAUCGCCCAGCUCUCUCACCCCGGAAGGCAGGGCGGCAAGUACCUGAACCCGAACCCCGUCAGCGCAAGCGACAUCCAAUUGAAUAUCAAGUGGGCUGGCAACGAGUUCAACAAGCCCAGACCCCUGACCGUCCCGGAGAUCAAGGACAUGGUGAAAAGUUGGGGCGAGUCGGCGUAUCUGUGCUGGAAAGCCGGGUUUGACGGUGUGCAAGUGCACUGUGCCCACGGCUACCUGCUCGCUCAGUUCCUGAGUCCCACGACGAACCGUCGAACGGAUGAAUACGGCGGGGACCUGAACAACCGCUCCCGCAUCGUGUUCGAGAUCAUCGAGGAGAUCCACCGGCGGGUGCCGGACCCGUCGUUCAUCAUCUGCGUGAAACUCAACUCGGUCGAGUUCCAGGACCGCGGCACCACGCCCGAGAACGCGCGGGACCUGUGCCUGAAGCUGGAAGCCGCGCGGGUGGACUUUGUCGACCUGAGCGGCGGCACGUUCGAAGGGCGCGCCUUUGAGCACAAGAAGGAAAGCACCAAGGCGCGCGAGGCCUACUUUAUCGAGUUUGCCGAGAUGAUCCGUCCGCUCCUCACCAAGACAAAGAUCUACAUCACAGGCGGGCUGAGGACCGCCGCGGGCAUGGUCAGGGCCGUCGAGUGCGGCGCCUGCGACGGCAUCGGCAUCGGCAGACCGUUCGCGCAGGAACCUUACUUUGCCAAAGAAGUCCUGAGCGGCAAGAUCACGGGCGCCAUUGAGAACUUUUCCCCUUUGCCCCUCAACACGCAAUCUAGUGGCACGCAAUUGAAUCAGAUCGGAAAGGGGGACCAAUUGAUCAGUGACUGGAGCGACGAGGGCGAGGUCAAGAGGUGGAUAGAGGCAAAUGAAAAGGAGACGGCCAGGAAGAUCAGCAUCUUGCCCGUCGUGGACAGUUCGGGUUAUCCACCGCUCAAGGCCGAGGCUGGCUUUGCAUAUCUCGAGGCCUGA